GAACAGUUUCCACUAACUGCUCUGAUUAAUGCUUAGUUAAAAGAAAAGUAUAAUUUUAAAAUAAAAAAAUAUAUUUCAAAACAAAUUGUAAACUAAAAUAUAAUCGAACAAUUAUUUUAGUAUCUAAUUAGCGUUUAAAGUUCUCUUAAGAUCUAACCACAAAUCAUCAAUGGAUGGCAGAACGAGAGUUUUUUUUAAUAAUCUACAAAACCUUCACUCUCUGUUCCCGCACAAUGAUUUCAUUUUCGAACGUUGAUCUGUCGCACAACAGAUGUUGCCAAUGCUUUUGUGUAUCGUUAAUGCUGAUGGUUAAGCAUCGAACUACGCGAUGAGAAGCCAGUUUUGAAUUGGAACUGUUUUUGGGCUUUUGGUUUUUUUUCUUUAUUUGUUCGAUUAGCUUGCAGCUACGAUCGAACUGGACCCGAUGUUUAAUAUUCCUUUCCACGAACGAACGUACGAUGCUGCCACAGGACACGCAGAUGGCGGUAUGGCGCACAUCAACGUUGCUUUGACUUAUGAAAGAUGUUGCCUUCUCGAUGCGACAGCAAAUAACAACAGCAGCAGCAGCAGAGGCAGCUGAAUUUAUAUCGACAGCCUCACGGCUGCUUUUGUGGCCAGGCGAGAAAGCGGUGGCAAAAAGGAAUGAACGUUUUUAAUGAUACCAUCCCAAAAAUACAUUCCGUGUCAAACUCACUCACUUAGACUAGCGCGCACACACACGUGCCCACCCCGACACACUCUGCCCAAUAAUAAUAACAACACGUGCCCAAGAUGGCACCGACAGAUGCUGCGCUCAAGGAUGUGGUAGGAUCUACGGUUGAACCACCGACCAGAAACACCACAGCAGCGACCAAAACUGACUUCGAGGGCUGCUGGUGAUGAAGCUGGAUAUCAUCAAGCGCGAAGAGUAUUGAUGGCAAGAGAUGGUACCACCAUUUGCUAUCCAUUCACUGUAUGGUUUGAGAGUAAAUUUUAUCAUAACGAUAAAAAACACAUAUCUGCGUCAAGGCAAGUGCGGAAUGUUUUGUACAAUUUUUGGCACCUUGAUCGAACCGUACGCAUCAAUGUUGAUGCAAGAUCACUGUAAGGCCAAACAUUAGGCGCUGGAUGAAAGUUGUGCUAAGAUCCUAGGAUGAUAGGAUAUAAUGGAUGGGUAGUUUUGGAGGCUUGAAAUGCUUGUUCUGCCGAAAUAUAGUUCUGCAAAUAACUUGUAAUUACAUUUCCCCUCUUCCACUCAUCCAUUAUUGAACUGGUACAAUUUAUAGAAUAAUCCUGGAAAAUGUCUUGAUGAAAAUAGAAAGUCUGUUUUUGUGAUGUAAGAAUGCCAAAUUCUUACCAUAGGUCUGUCUGUGUCUCGUCAAAUGCUGGAAGUAUCCGUUUUCCGCUGCGAAAUGGAAAAUAAUGCUGAAAAUAAACGCGACUAAAUGAGUAACUGACGUUUAAUUAAUGAAAUUGAAUUGCUUAUCUUGUCGCUGUCUGGCAUUUCGUAGCUGUCCAGCUGCAAGCAACUGGUUCUAUCCCUGGCUGUUGGUGUGCUACCAUUUGGAACUCAGUAAUGCUGGGAAUGUGAAUAUCGUUUAAAGGCUGUCAAGGUUUUUUAAUCAUGUAACACGGAAUAAAUUGAACCAAACAACUCGAUUUGCGUUUGCAUUUUAUUCCUAUAACUGUCAGGUACAAUUAUUUGCGCUAAGUAUCUUUGUAGGAUCUCGUGACAGUUAAGUGAUUUUAUUAUUGAACGGUUGAGACGUUUAAAACACCCGUCUUGCAGCAUAUCAGGUGAUCUGCUGAGGAGGUUUUUUUUGUUAACAUUCGUCCAGUUUUCUUUGUUUUGCAAAAUGUAUUAAAUCAACUUCAAUUUCACGUUUGUCUAAAUCGGUUGAGAGUUGCUAGAAUUGCUGACCACACUUGAAUUGGUAGCAUGUUACGUUAUGUUUCUUACUUGUAUGAUAACAGAAUGAAGAAAAAAAUAAUAAGGAAAUUGAUAGCGGAACAAGUCUGCCGAUAUGCGACGCAUUUUGGACGCGUUGAUAUGCGUUGUUUAGCGACAGUUUCUGUGUGUUUUUGUUGCUAAGAUAUCGUGACGUAUGUUUCGAGCGAUGGAAGAUUUGAAAGUUUGACUGUUGGUUUCCGAACCCGAAGAUGUGUGGGAGUUGACCACAGACCACCCGGUGUAUUGGACCCCAGAUGAUACUAGCCAGUCAACGUAAAAUAUUUUCCAUACAUUAGGAGUGGUGUAUGGGAGUAAAUAGCAAAAGAACGAAAAGAGUCAUUCUUUCCUUUGUGUGUGUGUGUGUGUGUUUUUUUUUUUUUUGAAUAUUUGGAAUGGCAGCUGACGGUUUAAGGGGUUGGUUUGUCAGUUGCCUACGUUUUUGUUCGCUCCCUUACUGAUGUAUCGAAGUUAAAAAAUAACUUAUGUAUGUAUAAUGUCGUACACAUGCACAUUCACGCACACAUUCAAAGUAUGGCGCACAUACAAUCAAAGAUUCACCUUCGAAGGCAGAUCUGCUAUCGCCAUUAGGCUAUUGUAAGCGCUCCAGGUUACGGAAGGGUGCAAAAAUUCGUCCUGUUCGAAAAACUAGGCACCCUGCCCAUGGUAGGGAUUUUAUAGGGAAAAUUGAAGGGGAUGUAGCUUGAUCCUUCGCCCAAGGGUUGGUUCGUGGUAUUGGUGUCGGAUCCUGAGCGACACCGGCAGACGAGAGGAGUAGCGCAUAAUCCAUUCGGAAUGAAUAAUGUAUUCCCCCAAACCAAUAGCGCGACCUGGGGUUUUGAGCAUGGUUGACCGUUGUUUUGCUCGUGGUAGUAGUUGUUGCCAUGGCGGUUUGGAAAAGUACGCGUGUAUUUGUGCGUGGUAUGGCUACCAAGAUUUUCCCUUUUGCCGGUUUGUUGAAUGUUCUUUCUUUUUGCCUUUUUUUCAACUCAUUGAUCCUUGAUUUUCAACACAGCCCCACGCACGGAUUCAGGUGAAUAUUUCUUACGCCGCCUAACGCCACUGUAUCAAAGACGUUUCAUUGAGUUUCGAAUAACGUAUCUCGGCAAAAACGGCACAGGAACGAAAGAGAUAACAAUAAGCGGCUUCGAUGCCGAACGAAUUGUGUUAUGUUUUGUUUUUGUUUUUCUUUUUUGUUUUGUUUAUUUGUGGGGGCGAAAAGAAUGGAGAAAAAAAGGAGAUAUGGUUCCCCGGAAGAGAAUGAAUGAAGAAUUAUCAAGGGUGGAACGUCAGAAUUGUAGGAACAUGUUCGGGUGAAGGAAGAGUGAAAAACGGGGCAGUUCAUUUUCAUUAGUGUUAUUAAUCGUUAAAAACUAUGAAUCGAAUUAAAAUAUUGAAAUAACAGAAUAGGUUCAUUGAUAGAACACUUCUCAACAAUUUAUUUUCCAUUCGUGGCGUAUUUAAAUGCUAUAUUAUUAAUAAAAACUCUUUUCUAAUAAUAAGUAACAUAAGCGAUCUUGAAAUGUUUUCAACGUAUUCAACACACCCCGCCGGCGUGGGGAUGCAUCGCGGCGUUGGGAUGGUAAGAAAAAGGUUUGAGCGGAGGAAACCAGACGAGCCAGAAGUAUUUUAUUUCGGAAAUUCUUUGUUUAACUGCGUCUGCUGGAAAUGUUUUUGAACCCUAGCUAUCAUACACGAGCAUUGGUGUUGGUGAUACAAACGUACACGCACACAUCCGACUGUUCUGCUCAGUAAACACAGUACGGGCUAUAAACAAACAAAAUCAGCACAAACACACCAACAGCAUCUAGUGCGCAUGCCCACGAACGUACGAGCGAACGAACGAACGAACGAUGGCGCUAACAAACACAGCUGCCCCCUUCGCGUUGUUCAAGGGAUGCCGGCUUGGGAUGCGCGUGAACAACGUUGUUGGACGAGUUGGAAGGAGAAAAAAAAUCAAAAGAAAUUGUUUGUCCUGCAUGCAUGCUUCAUGCGGUUACGAUCGAAAAGGUGAUAAACGAAAGCAUUGCGUAGAAUGUUUCUUGCAUUACAUUUGCAUUAAACGUAAAAUGAAAAGUUAACAAAAGCCACAUUCCAAGAACACGCUGCAACCGCGUUCGGUUUGAUGCUAAACCGGACGUAUAAACUCACCGAAGCGGCUAUUGCGUUUGGUAGUGUUGGAGCCCGUGUGUGCCCGAGCGUACCAGUGUGCGUGAGAUGGAAAAUGCGUAAAGAAUCGUGCUUAAGGCUUAUUUACACCUUUCCGAUGGCGAAGGGAGAGAAAGAAGCAUUUCGUUUUUUUUUUGUUUUUUUUUUUACAAAGGAAAAAAUGUCUGCAUUGAAACGAUUAUCGAUGCACGAUCAAACGCAUCAUUUUCGUAUAUCACAUUUAGCAAAGCCCGUGUUCACUUAUUUGAUAUAUUAAAAAUACAAAUGAUGAAAGCGCACGUUCAACGCAAGUGUAACCGAACCUUCAGCCGUCUGGGAGAGCGACAAUGCGAGCGCGUACCACGUUCGGCUGUGUUGGUGAUGAUCCGAAACCGUCGAAGGUUUGAGCGCGUUUCUCAGAAACUCCGGUUCCAGACGGUUGUCCACAUUUCAACACCGUCACUCAGUUUUGAGAGCCCGUCGAGUUAAGAGCAAGAAGUAUUCAUAAGAAAUAAACGACAAACAAACAGCUAUGACUUAAUACAAUUGCUUUGAAUGUGACAAACAAGCAGUGGUAACAGAACGUGCAAGUUAUUGUGAUAAAGUGCGAUAAAAGUAAUUGCUUGAUUGCUGACCAAUUGUGUUUGUGUGUGUGUAUCUAUGUGUGCGCAAAGCAUUAAGAAAAGGAAAAGUUAACGUGACGGCAUAAUAAUUGAAAUCCUGUGGCAAAGAAAGUGAGAUCCACAGCGAGAAGCAGGAAUCAUUACGCAGCAUCACUUCACGCAUCGAAUCUCAAAUUCAGCACAGGAAAAGGGGAAACAAAAAUCGACACACACUUAACUUAUACCUUCCUAGAAGCGCCCACCCAAAAAAACCGCAAGCCGAAAACAACUCCCGAUCGUUGUCAAGGUGAUAUGUAUGGUGCUGGAUGAUUUGCUGACGCGUGUUUAUGUGCUUGUAUGUUGUACGUGCGUGAAUCUAAGUGGUGCGUUGGUGUUACGCUGGUUAUCUAUUCGCAAGGAACAAUUUUGUAGAUGCUGCAAGAAGCAACAACACUUGUUGGCUUGAAUUACCCUUGCUGUUUCCUUUAAAGUGUAGAUUGUGUAUCUGUGUUUGUGUGCUAUUGUGUGUCCUGUGAGUGGAGUUGCGUGUGUGUGCAAAUUGCAUUUGGAGGCACAAAGGUGGAUAAAAUUGAUAGAGUAAAAUCAAACAACGCACAAUUUCCGGCAUUUUGAUGAUGGAUGUGUAAGUGCGAGAAAGGUAACACUUUCCAGAGAGCGGAUACGGUCAGGCGAAAAUUUUAGUGCGACAGUGACAAAACCACACGACGUACAAGAAAACUCCCCAAGCAGUGUUAAACCAGUUAACGAUAAGCAGUGUGAAGAUCUAAUGAUCGUUGCAAAAUGGCCACUUCACCCACACCAUCAUUAGACUCCUUACCGGGUGCAUCAAAUUCGAUCGGUUCAUUUGGCGAACCGGCGGAUUAUUUGUCCGACUCUCCGCUAACCACGCUGAGUGGUGGCUCGGGAACGACGGGAUCCUCCCCACCGGCCAGUGAUUCUGCAAUCUGUGACGAUUUCGCGACCUCGUCCAGCCUUGAGUCCGCCCAAUCGAACAACGGUUCGUCUGAGUCGCUGUUUCCGCGCUGCACCGGCUGCAAAAGCAAGCAAUCGGAUGCGGUGGCCAAAUGCAUGGACUGCGAUAACUUCCUGUGCGCCAACUGCGUCACUGCACAUCAGUUCAUGCACUGCUUCGACGGUCACUCGGUUUAUCGGAUUACAGGCGUGGGCAGCGUUGCCGGCGGUGGUGGGAACACGUUCGGUUCGAUCGGUUCCCUCGCUAACGGAACAAUGGCAGCCAACACGGUUACUACGACUGCCCCAGCCACACCGACGCUGGGCGGUUUGCUCGGUGGUUGCUUUGAAUUGCCCAGCCCGCUAACCAGCAGCAUUCUGGGCGGUGGAUCCGGUGGUGCAGCGAAAAUGCUACAGGUCGGAAGCUUCGACACGACUCAUCCGCGACUCAGCACGCUCAAUCUGACUAUCAAGGACGAUGCCAGCAGUCUGGUGAAAUCAAUCAUGAACAACGUGAUAACACCACCAACAUCGAACGGUACCGGUGCGCCAUGCAGUGGCAACGGUAACAACAACAACAGCAGCAGUAACAGCAGCACCAGCAGUAGUAGCAGCAGCAGCACAACCAGCAGCAACGGUGGCAAUGGCAACAGUCUGCUGAAUCAGGUCAACAGUCAGCUGUCGGGCGUAAUGCAACAGUCCACCGGGUUGGGAUCGGAUCUGUUACUAUCGAAUGGACUCGGUGGUGGUGGUGGUCUUGGUAGUUUGCUAAGCAAUGGCAAUGUUGGAACCGGCCUAGGAGUGGGCGGAGGUGGGCUGCUGGGUGGAACCAACAAACCGAACUAUUUCUGCAAACGGCACCCGAGCGAACUGCUCAAGUUCUUCUGCCGCACGUGCAGCGUACCGGUGUGCAAGGACUGUAUGCUGGACCAUCCGAAUGGUUUGCACGAGUGUGAGCACAACAGUGACACUACGCCGAAGCAGAUCGAAAGUUUGCUCCACACCGUAUCGGAAGUACGCGCCAAAGCUCAGGACUUACGCUCACUGAUCAAGAACGUGGAACACAUCAAUCAGCGCAUCCAGGUGCAGUACCACAAGGCACAGAAUGAGAUUGAGGACACGCAUCAGUUCUACCGCUCGAUGGUAGACGAGCGUAAGGCUGAGCUGCAAAAGGAGCUGGAGAACUUUUACAACGCGAAAACUGUUUCGCAGUCGGAGCUGCUGAACCGUAGCCAGGACCAUGUCGACAAGAUGUUGCAGAGCUGCGAAUUCGUCGAACGGCUGACAAAGUGUGCCGGCCCAUCGGAAACGAUCAUGCUGCGCAAGUUUAUGGAGAACAAGCUGAUGCUCUUUCCGGCCAUCACACACGAUCUGCAGGCAUCGUACGAGCUAGAGUUCGUGUCCAAUUACCAGGCGAUACAGAUUGGGGUCCGCAACACCUACGGCUACAUCCGUUCGAAUGUGGAUCUGAGCGUUGUGACGACAAAGCAACCACCCAUAGCGCGCCCCACUUCCACCACGAAUGGUGGGUCUCUCCUUGGCGGCACUGGUAAUCGCAGUGUCAGCCCGUCAAACAGUAGCACUGGUAGCAUGAACUUGUUGUCGCAUCACCAUAUCAGGGGUGGUGACAGUAUCAUGAAUGGUGGUAACGGUGGUGGAGCACCCCAUCUGCUUGAUCAUCACUCGCAUCAGCGCCAUCAGCAGCAUCAGCAGCAUCAGCAACAGCAUCAGCAGCGCUCGUACGGCAGUUCGUUGGUGAACGGGGGUGGACACGGUGUCAACGGUGGAUUAUCGACAUCACCACUGAGCGGUGCCGGUAUGGUUAACGGUUUGUCAACGGCUUUCGACACCGCGAACCUGAUCACUAAACGGUUCAACAGCGCCAACAGUCUUGGCCCGUUCGUCGGCGAACCAUCAAUCGGUCAGCCCAUUGGUAAUGCUUACGAGAAGUGGAGUAACGGUGGUACGACGGAUCUGUUCAACAACCUUGCUGACCAGUACACGAUCCCACUGAACCCCAUUGGUGGAGGCGGUGGUGGUGGCGGUGGUGGAGGUGGCGGUGGUAACGGUAGCUCUGGUGCUGGUGGACAGGGCGACCCUUCCGCGGCGAUGAUCGACCUGACGGCGAAGCUGAUGUCAAGCUCAAUGUUCCCACCGAAGAGUCAAAUUAAGCGUCAAAAGAUGAUCUACCACUGCAAGUUCGGAGAGUUCGGUGUAAUGGAGGGCCAGUUCACGGAACCGAGCGGUGUGGCAGUAAACGCACAGAACGACAUCAUCGUUGCGGACACGAACAAUCAUCGGAUACAGAUCUUCGAUAAGGAGGGACGCUUCAAGUUCCAGUUCGGCGAAUGUGGCAAGCGGGACGGCCAGUUGCUCUAUCCGAAUCGGGUGGCCGUCGUGCGCAAUUCCGGCGACAUCAUCGUAACCGAACGUUCGCCCACGCACCAAAUCCAGAUCUAUAACCAGUACGGUCAGUUUGUGCGCAAGUUCGGUGCCAACAUCCUGCAGCAUCCGCGCGGUGUCACUGUGGACAGCAAGGGCCGCAUCGUGGUCGUCGAGUGCAAGGUGAUGCGCGUGAUCAUCUUCGACCAGUCCGGCAAUGUACUGCAGAAGUUCGGCUGCAGUAAACAUCUCGAGUUCCCGAACGGAGUCGUUGUCAACGACAAGCAGGAGAUCUUCAUUAGCGACAAUCGAGCGCACUGCGUCAAGGUGUUCAACUACGAGGGCCAGUUCCUGCGGCAGAUCGGUGGCGAGGGCGUUACCAACUACCCGAUCGGCGUGGGCAUUAAUGCCAGUGGUGAAAUUCUUAUCGCGGACAAUCACAACAACUUCAACUUGACCAUCUUCACUCAGGAUGGGCAGCUGGUAUCGGCGAUGGAGAGUAAGGUGAAGCACGCGCAGUGUUUCGAUGUGGCCCUUAUGGACGACGGCAGCGUGGUACUAGCGAGUAAGGACUAUCGGCUGUACAUCUACCGGUACGUGCAGGUACCACCGAUUGGCCUGUAAAUGCACUCGCUCCGCACACUUAAAAGCAGACAUCUUCCAUGACGGCGGCCUGCGCAAGAAAUAGCGUACUGCAGAAUUCCUGAGGCAUUUAAUGUGCGGCAAAACAUGCGUCAAGGGUGGUGAAACACGAGAUGAAUGUAACUGUAUGUCGCUGUAUGUGUUGUUUUGUACUAGCCGUAAGACAAGUAUGAUAUUUAACAAGCAAACACACACACACACACCUGUACCGAUUGCCACCCUUACGCUGUUGUGUCCUGAUCGGUGAACAUCUGUAGCGCGCUGUCCUCUUACUGUACGAACGCGGGCUGAUGUAUGAAUAGUAAAUCCAUCGACAAGUUUUGUGAAUAGUGCUUUAACUUUCCGUAACUAUGUUGGGUGCCGUAUCGGAAUCAGCCACAAAGCGAAACACGGUCAUAUUUUUACAUACACAAUGUAAAACAGCAAACUAACAACAACAACAACAACAAUAAAUCAGUGCAUGGUAAAGUGUCCGUCAAAAGAAAAGCGCCCAAAAUAUCGUCUGCAUGGUGCGAAAGUACUGCAAACAAUCAAAGGACAAAAGAACAGAGCAAACAGCAAUUGUGUAACGCGUUUAACAGCGAUCAGAAGUGGUGAAAAAAAAUUUGACAAACAUUUGCAUGCAUGUAUAUGAGUAUAUAUAUGCUAGUUUAUAUAUAUAUGUACGUAUGAAUGUAUGUGAGAAGGUGUGCGCGUGCUUGUGUAUUUUAAAGCUAUCGAGUUCAACACUAUGCUCAGAAGGAUAUGCAUCGAACAAUCAGACUUGUACUGAAUCAAACAG